AUGGCCCUGCGGGAGGCCGCUCGUGUGGGUGGAGAGGAAGCCUCUUACUUCGAACACUUCACUGAAGCCAAGCAGAAGCUCUCGAAUCUUCGGGCGAAGCGUCUUCAACAGCAGUCCUUAGACGUGAUCCGCGGUGAUGGCAAGGACUUGGAGUCUGUGAUGGCCGUGAUCAGCGUGGCCUUACGGCGCUCGGAUUGGGACCGAGAGUGGGACCAAAUUUGGCUGGAGGUCCUACAAGAAGGUCGCGCUCAAGUGAAGAAGAUGGUGGACGAUGCGAAAUCCAAAGGUGAUCACCCGAAGGUGGCGAAGAUCUACCGUUUGGCCGAGAAGCACGGCCUCCGAGUCAUUGCUGCGCAUACGGUGGCCGUGUGGGAGGACCUGAUCCAAUCGUCGCGACAAGAUGCCAAGACCUUGGCCAAGCUGUGUAGUGCGGCCUAUGACGAGGGCGCAGCCUGCAAGCAGUUCUUGGCUGAUGCAGAGGAAGCCGUCCUGGCCUUGGCCAAAGAGUUGGAGGAGCAGUGGGACAAAUCCAAAGCCCAAAGCUGCAGUGAAUCUUUCGCUGAGCUGGUCCAGGAACUGAGUGCUGAUGCGAACUUGUCCAGGCUUUUCGAGGAGGUCCAGUCGGCCGGCUACCGUGCCUCGGAACGCGAACGCGGCCUCCGAGAGAAGGCGGAGGCAGUCUUGCAGCAAAAGGCUGGCUUGAUGUCCCAUGAGGACUCGGAGCUCUCCAUGGAACACCUGCAGGAGGUCUUAGAGGCGCUCAAGGACUCUCAAGAUUGGCAAUGGCAGAAGAACAUCCACCACGCCACGGAACUCCUGCAGAAGCAGGUCAAGGCUUGCUUCAAGAACCGUGGAAUGAUGGAUGCCCAGCCCAUGCUUUUGGACCUCAUGGAGGCUGCCAAGACUCAUCAGGUGACGGAUCAAUUGACCCCGCUCUUGGAGAAGGCCUUGCGAGGUCAUCUCGAAAAAGGUGGUUCACGGACCAAGCCGCAGAAGGAGACGGACGCCGUCAAGCUCCUGCAGAUCUCGCUGUGCGCGGAGAAGCUCCAGCUGUCCGACGUCCGUGUGAAGGCCAUCGAGGAGAUGAAGCGUUCAGUGGAAGCGAUGAAAAACAAAGGUGCCGAUGGCUUGACCGAACUACGUACCUUUCAGGACGAAGCUCAACGCUUGGAUGCUUUGGCUGCCGUGGAGUUGGCCACAGAAAGCUUGGCGCAGGUGGAAGAACCUGUGGAGCGUUUGGGGCGGCGGAAGAGUUCCAAGAUGUCGGAGCUCUUCCGGAUAGUGCCCACCCUGGCGCUGAUCGGCGCUCUGGUGAUAGCAGUGGCUGUGGCGGCAGCAAAAGCUGCAUCCGCAGCUGCCAAGCAAGCAGCUGCACAAGCCAUUGCCAUGGCGCAGAACACCAACUUGGCAGCCUUGCAGGCAGAGCAAGCACAGGCCAAUUUGGAAAAGUACGUGUAUGGCGUGCCGGUGAGUUCAAUCCCACCAUCGGUGUCGCCUAUGCCACCAGCUGCCAUUCACCCAUAUCCCAUGAAGGUAGAGGCCGCACGUGGCCCAUGUGAGUUCAAGGGGAGGAUCAACUCCUGGAACGCGAUUUGGCCCAAAUCCUUGGAUUGGACUCAUUUUCAGCACUUGCGCCGGAAGGGUGCCUUCUUCUUAACUGGCCCUCCUCCCUUGCAGCAGCGCUUGGCUGCUGCCUUUGGCAAGGAGGUCACGGCGACCACGCUGGCACCACAGCGCGAGGGUCAACCACUGCGCUAUGUGCCAAACAGCAUGGUCUUGGCAAACUCAAUCGCAAUGCAGGAGUGGUUGCAACGAAUCCCCGUGGCUGAACGAGAAGUGCUCAAGAGGUAUCUUGGCCUCGACCUGGCCACUGCCGCCCUGUUGCUGCGCACCUCAGGAGCUCGUGGCAAUGGCUCGCAGCCCGAGGUGGAUUGGAUCCACUCGUUACCCUCCUCCUGGCCUUUCAUCGGGUUGCUCACCACGGCGCAGAAGACGAUUUUACAGGGCACCAAAGCUGAAAGGCCAAUCGAGGCCAAUGAAGAGCUCCUAAAGCUCUUGCAAGGAAUGCACCUGGAGGGUCGCACGCUCAGCGCCACGGACGCGGAGUGGAUCUUGGGCUUUUACUUGCACCACAAUGUGGAGGGGCACUUCGUGCCCGGGCUGCUGGAUGGUUUGUUGAGACACUGGGACCUCCAUCGCUGCUCACCCCUGGCGAGGGACGUGGCGGCUACCGGGCGUUUGCCUGGUUGGGCGGUACUGGCCGGGAAAGGCAUGAAGACUGGCGAGGAGGUCUUCCUUUGCAGCGAGCAGCCAAAUGGGCAGCUGUGGGCGAUGUAUGGCAUCAUCUACCCUGAGAAUCCCCAUGGAGCAGCGUUGACACAGGGGACCAUUUCCGACAGUUUGCUGGAUGCCAUGCUUCAGCAGGCGCAGCUCACGUGUCGCCGUUCAGAGGUGCGCACCCUUCUGCUUCGUUCGGGGGAUCUCCUCAGUGCCAGCAACCUCCGCUGUGCCAGCGUGCUAUGGCUGGGUGGUGGCGAGGCCGCUUUCCACGCCUUGCAAGCUGGCUACUUCGACUCGUGGCCCCGGCCACCGGGCGCCACCUUCGCGGUUUGGCGCGAGGCGGAGGGCCGGCUCUACCGGCAGCUGGUGAAGGAGUGUAACAGCUCGAAGAUGGUGCUGUCCACGGUGGACGCUGCAACACUUGAGGAGGUGAAGCAAGAUCGAAGCCAAGUGUCCAAGUCUGCACUUCUGGUGAGAGAGAUGGAGCUUCAACUUUUUCAGCACUGCAUCGACUGGUCUUCCAGACGGCUAGACGUGCUGGAAAAGAAAGAACGGAAGAAUGAGAAGACUGAGAAGAAGGAGCGGAAGGAGAACUGUGCAGCUGAAGGAUUCGUGUCGCCGGUCUCGGUCGACCUCCUGCGGCACCGGAAAAAGGGGCGGUCUCGGUCGAGGACCAGCGAUGCUUUAGGACCGAGCGCUUCAUGGCGAGGCGAGCGCAAGAAGAAGGAGGACUUUCAAGCCAAGCUGGUGGCUGAGGAGGGCAAAGAUAUUUUCGGCGCGGACCCGGAGCUCACGGUGCAGCUGGUGGCCACCGCGGAGCAGUCGGGCUGGCAGGAGCAGAAGAAUCGUGCUGUGGAGUUGGUCCAGAGGAGGCUCCUGGAAUCUGCCCGGGCCUCGAAAGCCUCCUCAGAUGAGGCCAUCAGUGGGGUGCGCUUCCUGGCGCGCGCCUUCUCGGAGGCGGAGAAAGCGAAGUGCUCCGUGGAGGCCUCGCUGAAAGAUGCCUUGAAUCAGCUGGAGGGAAGUGGAGACGAGCUGGUGCCAUUGGUCCGUGUGAUAGCCUGGUGUCAGGAUCUGAAAUGGCUACUGAAAUCAGCGCAGAAGAAGCUCAACGAGUGGCUGAAGAAGUGGGAUGCCGGCCCGGAACACGCUCCCAAGGACGCUGAGAAGGCUGCGGAGGAAGCUCAGAAGCUGGAUGCGAAGGAAAUUGGUGAAAAGAUCCAGGCAAAGCUGAACGCCGAUGCGAUCUUCAAAGCGGCGACCGACGCGCCCGCCGACGCCGAGAAGGCAUUGAAGGCCUACGAGCAAUCAGCGAAGCGCUCGGAGAACUUGCGGAAGCAGGCAUUGAAGAUGCUGACGCGCACUCUGGAGGAGGCCAAACAAUCUGGAGAUGAGAAGCAGCUGACGUUGCUACGGGAUCAGAAGCACCAGAAGACGGUGAGCGACCAAGCCGGACAUUUGCUAAGCCUCAUGUCGCAGCUCCCCACCCGCUUGGCCGCUGGAGAUUGGCCAGGCGUUUGUGGACUGGCGGCCAGUGCACAGAAGGAAGGCUACAGUGCUCUAGCGAAGCAAGCUCGACAACAUUUGCGCGACCGCGUGGACGAGUUGACCACCAAAACCGAAUCGGCGGAGGGCCCGAUGCUGGACCUCUACAAGGCUGCGAAGAAGGAUGGCUUAGAUGAGCUGGCAGAAUUGCUGGUGCAGAAGCUGGGCUCGGCACUGCCGGCCAGCUGGGCCGCCGUGAAGGGCACGAGCUUGUCGGUGCGGAAGGAGCUCAUUAGCGAUGAGGAGGUGAUCAAGCGGAUGCAAGAGAUGGUGGAUCACACUUUCAAGACAUGGGGAGGUACUGCCAAGACCCGGGAUCGGCGCAAGAAGUUGGUGACCAGCAUCAAGGUCGAGGAGGUCAUCCACGUGGAAAACCCGGACAACUACCUUCGCUACGCCAUGAGGCGUGAAAAGGUCCGGCAGGAGCUCCAGAGCAAACCGAUGACUGGCACGGAGCUGGAUGAUGCCAACCCCAUCAAGACGAAGCAGGUGUCCUUGAAGGGCCUGAGCUUUCAUCCUGAUGAGCCGAUAGACGAAAAGCUUCAAGAGGUCUGGCUUUGGCACGGGACCGGGAAGGAGGGCGCUGCGGGGAUCACCGACACGGACUUCGACAUGGGCCGUGCUGGCUCAGCAGCUGGGACGAUGUUUGGACGCGGACUUUACUUUGCAGAGAGCUGCAUGAAAUCAGAUGAAUACACAAAAGCAGAUGAGAGGGACUGGUAUCCACUCAUCCUUUGCCGAGUGACCUGUGGACGACUCUUUUAUUGUGACUGGAAGAGCCCCUCCGACCACAAAGAGAAGCUCGAGGACGCCUGCCACCAUGAGGGCUUUCAUUGCGUCCUGGGGGAUCGAGAGAAGGUGAGAGGCACUUACCGAGAGUUCAUUGUAUUCGACAACGACCAGGUGUACCCGGAGUACAUCGUUUGGUAUAGCCGCUAA